GAGAAGCUCAGGAUUUUCUCACUCUCUUUGCAGAAGAAUGAAGCCUCUGCUUGGAACCCUUUAUCUCCUGGGAAUGCUGGUUCCCAGGGGGCUGGGAUAUGAUAGAUUCCCCGCACGACACAGACGAGAGGUUGUGGACAAGACAGGGAGUCCGUGGAGGAGCCUGGAGACCUAUUCCUAUGACAGAUACCACCCCAUGGAGGAGAUCUAUCAGUGGAUGAACCAGAUAAGUGAAAAGUACACGGAAGUGGUGACUCAGCAUUUCCUAGGAAUGACCUAUGAGACCCGGCCCCUGUAUUAUCUGCAGAUCAGCCAACCAUCCAAUAACCCCAAGAAGAUCAUUUGGAUGGACUGUGGAAUUCACGCCAGGGAAUGGAUUGCCCCCGCUUUUUGCCAGUGGUUUGUGAAAGAAAUUCUACAAAACUAUAAGGACAACUCAAGGAUAAGAGGGUUCCUUAAGAACCUGGACUUCUAUGUGCUUCCAGUUCUUAACAUAGACGGUUAUAUCUACACUUGGACAACUGAUCGGCUUUGGAGGAAAUCCCGCUCAUCCCACAAUAACGGCACAUGUUUUGGGACCGAUCUCAAUCGAAAUUUCAACAUAUCCUGGUGUAGCACUGGCGCAUCUCAAAACUGCGAAGACAUCACGUUCUGUGGGACAGGACCAGCGUCUGAACCAGAGACUCAAGCUGUUUCCAGCCUGAUAGAGAGCCAGAAGGAGAACGUCGUGUGCUUCCUGACCAUACACUCUUACGGGCAGCUCAUUCUCACACCUUACGGCUACACAACAAAUAAAUCAAGUAACCACGAGGAACUGAUCCAAGUUGGACAGAAGGCAGCAAAUGCAUUGAAAGCAAAGCAUGGAACCAAUUAUAGAGUUGGAGCAAGUGCAGAUAUUUUAUACACCACAUCAGGGUCUUCCAAAGACUGGGCUCAUGACAUUGGGAUCCCCUUCUCAUACACUGUAGAGCUGAGGGACAAUGGUACGUUUGGAUUUAUUCUGCCAGAAACUCAGAUUCAGGCCACUUGUGAGGAGACCAUGGAGGCCAUUCUCUCCAUCGUGGAUGAUGUGUAUGCGAAAUACUGGUCUUCAAACAGUGCUGGAAAGGUGACAUCUACCGCCGUGGUGCUGAGCCUGCUAACGUCCUUCACGUCUCUUCUCUAAGUGCAUCCUCCCCAGGCCUGCUCACCC